ACGCCAAUUAGUAGUCAAGUCAGUCCUGAGCAGGAAUCGAGCGGCCCACAAAACAUAAUAACACAGGCACCCCCGGAGUCGAAGUUUUUUGUCGGUACAAAGUCCGAAGCAAAUGUAGGUCCACCAUCGCCGGUAAUUCCAAAAACAACAAGCAAUUCGGGAACAACUCAACGUCCGCCGCAACGUUCAUUUUUCUCUAUGCUUUUUUGUUGCGCGUGGGGUGCCGGUGCCAUAGCAAACGAGAGUGUCAAAGCUGAAAAUUCCACGACUGUUCCUGCCGUUACCAUACCAUCCGGAAAUACUGGUAAAAGUGUUUCUAAAAAGCAAUCAAUAUCUACAGGAGAACAAGAAAAGCCCGCAGAAGUUCAACCAGUGGUACAUGAACCUGAGGAGGAAUAUGUUGAACGUAGAUGGUUGCUCGAGCCUAUAGCUCCCGAACAUCUUGGCAGAAAAUGCCUAGUUUUAGAUUUGGAUGAAACAUUAGUACAUAGUUCUUUUAAGAUAAUUCAUCAGGCUGAUUUUGUUGUUCCAGUGGAUAUUGAAAAUCAAAUACAUAAUGUAUAUGUGAUAAAGCGGCCAGGCGUCGAUCAGUUCCUGAAAAAGAUGGGUGAAAUAUACGAGAUUGUGGUGUUCACUGCCAGUUUAUCAAAGUACGCAGAUCCAGUCCUCGACAUGUUAGAUCAACAUAAAGUUGUGAAACAUCGACUGUUUAGAGAGUCAUGUUUUAAUCACAAAGGAAAUUAUGUGAAGAAUUUAUCACAGCUUGGUCGAGAACUUCGAGAUACAAUUAUCAUUGAUAACUCACCAGCUAGUUAUAUAUUUCACCCUACAAAUGCUGUUCCCAUAUCAUCAUGGUUUAAUGACCCCCAUGACACAGAAUUGUUGGAUCUAAUACCAUUUUUGGAGGAUUUAACUACGGUAGAUGAUGUGAUGAUUGUUUUGGAUUCUUCUAACGAGGCGCACUAG